AUGCGCAGUGAGAAGUGGGAGGAUACCACCGAGAGACUCCCGGGAGCCCGCUGGCCUUUGAAGCGGAGGGGGGAAGCCUUUGGGCAAGAGACCUUUAUCCACACGCAAACUGCCGGUCUGUGCCACGAGCCGAGUGUUGCAGCCCGUGUUGAGUGGGAGGUCACGUUUGAUUUGAUUGACUACGCCGAGUUCAAACUGGACACGGUCGAGGUUCAGCUGAAGCAGACUGAGCUCUUCCAGAGAGAGAUAAGCACUUUCCGGAUGUCCAAUACAGGGAAUGUAGCCCUGAAAUACUGCUGGGAGGAGAAUCUGGAGGAGGAAAUACCAUCAAAGAGUUCUGGGAGGCCGUUCUCGUCCACUCAGACAUGUGAUUUCUUGUCCUCUACUGCUGAGGAUCUCUGGGAAAGGAAUCGUGCAAGGCUGGUGCAGCAGGCAUUGCUGCUCGAGUCAACUCAGCCCCAGCCAACUCAGCCCCAGCCAAGUCUGCGCCUUUCAAAGCAGCUGUGCCACUCUUCGAAGGGCCUUAGCUCCUCCCCGGAAUUCUCUCCAAUUCCUGUCAAGGACCCACCACAGUUCUCCAUCGAGCCCCACUGCGGUACCAUCCCUGCUGGCCAGAAUCAGAUUUUCCAUGUGAAAUUCUUCCCGACGCGUGUGGGGAAAUUUAAGGCCGAAAUGCUGUGCAGACUUCAUAACCUGAAGCCAUCUCAGGAGAGCCCACGGGUGUUUGUGAUGGGGAAAGGCUGUUUGCCGAAGGCUGAUCUGAAAUGCUCUACAUCACUGCAAAAAGGUGAAACCCAGAGCAGCAAACCCAAGAAGAAGGUGCAGCGGUCAGCAAAACCAGAGUGACACCAUUUGUGUCAUGGCUUCUCCUGCUCGUGGUUUCCCAGCCUUCAGCAGAGACCUCCCCAGCUACUCUUCAAGCCCCAACACCCAUCUCUACCUCAUCUGUGUGCUACCUAAUAAACUGUGUC